AUGGCCAAACCCACCAAAGAAGUUCUCCAUCACUCAGCCAACUCAACUCACCUUCAUCACCCACACCAUACCUUUCGGGAUAUCCUCUCGCACCGACCAUUCAUCAUCAAACCGGCAGAGAUGGAACAAUUCGGCGUCGCCGCGGCGCAUUCGGGCGCAAUCAACCACGUCCACGCCAUCCACUUCGGGCCCGCCGCCGUGGACGUCGUCCGGGAGGUGCGGCUGGCCGUGACCGUCGUCGUCAUCGGUUGGGUCGCCGUCACGGGGAUCAGGACGUACUUUGACCGCGGGAGGCGUUAA